ACAACCUCCUCACCCGCCCACCACACUAACCUCCAUCCAACUCCUCCCACCACCAGUCCACUCCGGCUCACCACCACGAGCAGUAUACUUGGCGUCCAACUCUCCAAGAUGUCAUCCCUCGCUUCAUUAUUGAUGGUGGUGUUGGCGGCGUGUGUGGUGAUGCAGGUGUCAUGUCGUCCACGUACUCCUGAAGCUCCCGCCGUGGAGGUUGUUGACGGCGACGGUAAUGUUGUGUCUCAUCAGCCUAUCCCCAGCGAGCAGUACGGAUACAUCGUGGGCGACCUACAGGUGUGGUCUCAUGACAUUGACAUCAGUCGGCCCAGGCCCAAGAAGAAGAAACCAUCAGGUCCCAGAGCCUCGGCCCUGAUAUCUGGACCGGCGGAGACCUCCCUGAACGUGGGCCCCGGGACAGCCGUGGGCGCUGAGCUGGCCAUCGGGUCGUCGCCUGCUGUCGCUGUCUCCGGCGCCACCCUUACCUUCAACACUCCUGCCCAGGUCGUCCCUGUUGUUGGACCCUAGCCUUCAACAGCUAUUCUGCAGUUCACUGAAGCUCCAUACUAUCCCUCCUUAAAUAAACUGAAGCUCUAUUCUAUUCUCCCAGUUCACCAAGUUCCACUUUAUUCCUCUUCCAGUCUGUUAGGGGCUCCCUCACAAGACUAUUGCCCGUGUAACAGAGCCCUAUCAGCCUAGCUUAGUUAGUGCUUUAAGCCGGCCCCAGUGAGAGGCAGUUCAUGAGCAGAUGAAAUAAUUUACCAAUGAUAAAUUUUUUAGUUGAAAAUUUUAUAAAUACAGAUUCAACUAAUUAUCGAAUUUGAAAAGAUAUUUAACAACACUUUCUUAUAUAAAUCAAUAAAUAACUGAAGAUAUCCCCAACUUGAGAAUUUCCCUGUUGGUAGUUUUGGAGGCUUCAUUCGUAACGAUGGUAUUUUUUUUUUAUGAAAAUAUAUAGUGAUGUCGUAGUUCCGAAUGAAAUCUUUAAAUGAUCUCCAUAAAAUAAACAAGUUUUCUGAUGGUGAAAAUUAGUUGUGAUAAACAAAAUAUACCUGUAUGUGUAAUGUCAAAAAAAAUGGGGGCAUUUAGGACAAGCUUCGCAGCUACGGAAUUUUACAGUAGUGGCCAUUCAUAUUCUGAUGCUGUCAUGUAUUUAGUCUCGGAGUAGGAGUAAACCAACGCUGAUUGUAAUGUGUCCUCUGCUGUGUCCACCAUGUGAUAUAUUAUGUCCAAUAAACAAUGAUCACAC